AUGUCAAGAUGUUCGGAUAACUCGAAGUUGAGAGGCUCUACUAUUAUUAUGGCAGAGCAAAGACCGAUGAGUUCUGAAAAUUCUGGAAGGAAUGUGGCGGCUUCGAGUGAUGGUGAGUGGGGAUUUUUGAGGGAAAAAUUAGGUUUUUUGAACUCAAAAAUCCACGUGGAAUUCAGAAAAGUUCGAAUUUUUCAUCAGAUCUAUUGAAAACGUUUUUCAUUUGUCACGUCGCAAUUUGAGAUCUUUUGAAAAAAUAUUUUUGAACUCAAUUCCAACUAGAUAAAAAGCCACGUGGAAUAUUUAGCCUCAAAAUAAAAUUUAUAGCUAGAAAAUGACCUUGUAAAAAAUCACAAAUCCAAAAAUUCACCUCCAAAAGUUUUUGAUUUUAAACCUGAACAAAAUUUUUCAUUUGAAUUCUUGCCAAGCUCACUAAAAUCCAUUCCUUUUCCCCCAAAAUUCUGAUGAGGAUCAGUGAAGUUUUUGCUGUGUAACAUGACUCUUUUAGUAUUUCUCCUCCCCCAUCUUUCAGAAGAAUUUUAUUUCCUCUCAUUCUAUUUAUUGUUAUGCAUUUUUAAUUUGUUGUCUAAAAAAUUCUGUGACUUUUUUCGAGUCAGUCAUGGGAAGUUUUUUGAUGAUCCGGAAAGAGUUGUCGCGUGAGCUUGGUGAGAUUUGGUCGGAUUUUUUUGGGAAUGACUGGAUUUGGCACGUGGAUUUCUGAACUCUCUUCGAAUUUCAGGCGGUCACUCAGCUUCACCCUACCUACGCCGUUUCCGCCUUCCAAAACUCAACACAAUUCGUCGAUAUAAUUUAGAAGACGAAAAUGAGGAAGACGAUGAUGAAUGGUUUGAAAUUCAAAUGGCGAAAACAGAUCUGAUCAAGGCUCGAAUGAAUGAGCGAAAUAAGAAAUUGGAGGAAAAUCAGCAGAACAAUAAUAGUAUCAAAAGGUAAAUAUUAACUUCCGCCAAGAAAAAAUGAUAAAAAUUAGAAGAUAAAUCGAAAAAUAUUUGCAGAACGACUGAUAAUAGCAGAACUAGUAGUGAAAAUAGUGAAAAUGCAAGCAGCUGUCAACAGAAUAUGAGAGAAAAUAAGAAAAAGAGAUGUCCAUUUUUUCACCCAACACAUCUUUUCGCCGCUGCCGCCGGACCUUCAAGUUGA